AGCCAGGCCCCCCCGUGGGUCCUGGCAGGGCCCAGCGGGCUGCAGUGCGAUCCAGAAUUAAGGAGUGGGGCAGAGCCAGCGCUACCCAGAUCUCCUCCUCCAGGCCCGGUCCCCUCACAGGACGCCCCCUCCCCGCUCUUCCUGCCGGGUUUCCUCUGGCCUUUUCCUGUCCCCCACCCAGUGCUGGGAGCUGGGGCAGAGGAAAGGCUGAACAGGAGCAGUGGGGUCGGGAGCAGACCCAGGCCGACGGAGCCAGGGCCCCCCGGGGUGCUGCUGGGACCCGAAGCAGGGGCCAUGCUAUCUGGUGAACGGAAGGAGGGCGGGAGCCCCCGCUUCGGGAAGCUGCAUCUGCCCGUGGGCCUUUGGAUCAAUUAUCCCAGGAAGCAGCUGGCCAAGCUGGGGCGGCGCUGGCCCAGCGCAGCCUCCGUCAAGUGGGCAACUCUUUGUCUCUUGAUAACCUCCCGAUUUCUGAGGCUGUCUCUCCCUGUGUCGUUUUCCAGUUUCAGCCUUAUUUGCUCUUCAUCUCUCCCCGCAGGCUCAGGCCCCGCCUUGUGGAGGCCACAGAAGAACCGCUCCCGGGCAGCAUCCGGUGGCGCGGCCCUGGCCAGCCCCGGCCCCGGGUGGGAGCUCAGCCUGCAGGGCCGGCGAAGGCGGCAGCAGGAGCGCAGGCAGCAGGCGUUGAGCAUGGCUCCAGGGGCAGCCGACGCCCAAAUAGUACCUACCGACCCCAGCGACUUCGACCAGCUGACCCAGUGCCUCAUCCAGGCCCCCAGCAACCGGCCCUACUUCCUGCUGCUCCAGGGCUACCAGGAUGCCCAGGACUUCGUGGUCUAUGUGAUGACGCGGGUGCAGCACGUGUUCGGCCGGGGCGGGAACUCCUCCGCCCGCGGUGGGUCCCCGGCCCCGUACGUGGACACCUUCCUCAACGCCCCCGACAUCCUGCCGCGCCUGCUCGGCCGCCUGGCCCGUCUGAUCAAGGAGUCUGUCUGGGAAAAGAUUAAGGAAAUCGGAGACCGUCAGCCAGAGAACCACCCUGAGGGGGUCCCCGAGGAGCCCCUGACACCCGAGGCCGUGUCGGUGGAGCUGCGGCCACUCAUGCUGUGGAUGGCCAACACCACGGAACUGCUGAGCUUUGUGCAGGAGAAGGUGCUGGAGAUGGAGAAGGAGGCUGACCAGGAGGACCCACAGCUCUGCAAUGACUUGGAAUUAUGUGACGAGGCCAUGGCCCUCCUGGAUGAAGUCAUCAUGUGUACCUUCCAGCAGUCUGUCUACUACCUCACCAAGACUCUGUAUUCAACGCUGCCAGCUCUCCUGGAUAGUAACCCCUUCACAGGUGGGGCAGAGCUUCCCGGACCUGGCGCAGAGCUGGAGGCCAUGCCUCCGGGUUUGAGACCGACCCUGGGCGUGUUCCAGGCAGCUCUGGAACUGACCAGCCAGUGCGAGCUGCACCCGGACCUUGUGUCUCAGACUUUCGGCUACUUGUUCUUCUUCUCCAAUGCAUCCCUUCUCAACUCACUGAUGGAACGAGGUCAAGGCCGGCCUUUCUAUCAGUGGUCUCGAGCUGUGCAAAUCCGGACCAACCUGGACCUUGUCUUGGACUGGCUGCAGGGGGCUGGCCUGGGAGACAUUGCCAUGGAGUUCUUCCGGAAGCUCUCCAUGGCUGUCAACUUGCUCUGUGUGCCUCGCACCUCCCUGCUCAAGGCUUCAUGGAACAGUCUACGAACCGACCACCCCACGCUGACCCCUGCUCAGCUCCACCAUCUGCUCAGCCACUACCAGCUGGGCCCUGGCCGCGGGCCCCCACCUGCUUGGGAGCCUCUCCCUGCAGACCGGGAUGCUGUGGACACAGGGGACAUCUUCGAAAGCUUCUCCUCCCAUCCGCCCCUCAUCCUGCCCUUGGGCAGCUCGCGCCUGCGCCUCACCGGGCCGGUGACAGACGACGCCUUGCACCGUGAACUACGCAGACUCCGCCGCCUCCUCUGGGACCUGGAGCAGCAGGAACUGCCAGCCAAUCACCGCCACGGACCUCCUGUGGCCACGCCCCCUUGAAAACCAAUAGCAAACGAGCGCGCGAGUCUUGAAAAUUCUUGGGCUGCUACUCACUGGAGCCCUCCUGAGCGCAGAACUUCCUGGGAGUUGUAGUUCCUUUCUCGCUUGGAAUGCUGGGAGUUUGAGUUUUUGGGUCGUAGAGGCUGGGACGGUGGGUAGAUGGGUGUGGGAUUGGAGUGCCAGGAGCAAUAAAGGCAUCUGUGGUAUUGACA